AAAAAAAAAAAAAAAAAACAGCGUUUUCCCCUUCAUCAUCAUGGUGAAGAUCAGCUUUCAGCCCAUCACGGGACAAAAAGCCGAGAAAGAGGAGAGUGAUGGAGAUAAAACUCAAAUAUUCAUAUCGCAUCCACACGUGGAAGAGGAGCUGGUGUUACCUGUCGGACGGAAACGUUCCUCUCUCAGUGGACUUUGCUGUCUGACAACUGCAUUGGUUGUCUUCACCUGCAGUUUGAUAUACGCUUCGAUUUAUAUCUACCGUUACUACAUCAUCCCUCAGGUUCCGGAUCAGAGUCGGUUCCACUGCCGUGUCGUGUACGAGGACUCGGUGGCUGCUCCCCUGCGAGGGUCUCACGAGCUGGAGGAGAGCGUUGGGAUCUACCUGAAGGAAAACUACGAGCAAAUCAGCAUUCCUGUGCCCGACUUCAGCAACACAGACCCUGCUGAUAUCAUUCAUGAUUUCAACAGGGGUCUGACGGCAUACCAUGACAUUGCUUUAGACAAGUGUUAUGUCAUCGAGCUCAACACCUCUGUGGUCAUGCCACCACGUAACCUCUGGGAGCUGCUCAUCAACGUCAAGAGAGGGACUUAUCUCCCCCAGACGUACAUUGUUCAGGAAGAGAUGGUGGUGACUGGCCGUGUUAAUAACAUGCAUCAGCUUGGCCGCUUUAUUUACCGUCUGUGUAACGGUAAAGAUACGUACAGGCUCCAUCGCCGCAACUCACGCCGUCGUAUCACCAAGCGUGAUGCGCAGAACUGUCACCGAAUCCGUCACUUUGAGAACACUUUUGUGGUGGAGACAGUGAUUUGUGAGUCUCCUUAGGCUGUUCGUCUCUUUGGCCCGCCUAUUUCUGAUGAGAUCACACCCUAUGUUCUCAGUAGCUACACCCCUUUGAAAAUCACACAAUUCUUCACGCCUUUACACCCCAUUUCUCUCUGUUUUGCACUUCUCUGUCUG